AUGGAACAUAUUCACAAUGCAUCAGGAAAAAAGGCUAGAGCUAGAAGAAUGUUGAUUUUGAAAGAAAAUCGGUCUAAACAUCAAAAAUUAUCUCCUCAACAAAUACUCCGUGGGCAGACUGUGAUUAAUAAUCCUACCUUCCACACUCCGAGACAACCUUUGUCCGACCUUACUCAGGCAUUCCAAAAUAUUAUUACAAGAACACCAGUUGAUCAACAUUCUAUUAGUCCAAAUGUCAGCGACGCAGGGACAGAACCUAGGCUAUCAAUACACGGUUUUAAAGAUCUGAGAAGCUGCCACAUUGGCUCCUUGUUUGCAUCAACUUCUACACUUAAGGAAAAUGAUACUUUUGGUCUUCCGAGCAUAACUAAUCAGCACCCCCUUCCGCUUCAUGAAAAGAACGUCGUUCGAGCCGGAAGUUCUUCUAAUAGAGCCACGCUAUUAUGUCCACCGGAUUCCAAGACAGCUCGGGGACGGCCUAAAAAUCAAUAUGGAGUUCCAAAUAUGGCGCUUAACUUGUGCAGAAAGUUUCCUAUACCAACGAAUACGCAAGAAACUGCCAUGCAAACUCAGACCUCAAAUGCAAACCCACAGCCUAGGUGUUCAACAUUCCAUAAAUCUGGCAGGGGCAGGCCUAGGAAAAAAACCACUGCUCCUAAUCUCCCUAUGAAUCAGAAUACAGAUAUCAACAACCAAACAAUUAACUUGCAACAAUAUAUUCCAACUGAAGUAUGCAGAUCAAGCGAAGUCGUUACACCAUAUGUCCAUGGGCUUCAAGUACCGCAAAAUAGGGGCAGUCUUGGUGCGGACGAGCAUACGCCGGUCUCAACGCCUACACAUGGUCCCAACAAUCGAAAGACGCCAACAUGUCCAAUUUUUACACCUACGGUCAAUUUGGAUUUUAAUAGCGACUCAGACAAUGACAGCGACUAUGACCCUUUUGCAACAUAUCUAUCCGAGGAUGAGUUAUUAUCGGAAGACAAAGAUUAUGAUGCACCUUUCACAAUUCAUGAUAAUGCUGCCGGCCAUUCUGAAGAAUAUUACGAUAUCGGAUCCCCUCUUAUUGAAUGCCGUUAUUGUAAAGCGAUGAUGUGGUAUCAAGAGAGAAUGCAUAAAAGUUCUCAUUCCGCCAACCCAAAGUUUAUGAUGUGUUGUGGGAACGGGAAAGUUGAACUCCCACUUCUUAGAGAGCCUCCAGAAACCCUUGCAAAACUUUUGUUUGAUCACGAUAGUUUGGUUAGCCGCAAGUUCCAACAACAGAUCCGAGUAUACAACAUGAUGUUUGCAUUCACGUCACCGGGGGCAAAGGUUGACAAUCGAUUUAACAAUGGACGUGGGCCUCCAACACUAAGGAUACAAGGUCAAACAUGUCACCGAAUAGGAAGUUUGUUGCCUCCGCAAGGUCAAAAACCUAAGUUUGCUCAGUUAUAUAUUUAUGACACCGAAAAUGAAGUUGAAAAUCGAAUGCAUGGACUAAGGAACAAAGAAGAUUUUGAUCCGGAAGUUGUCAGUCGAUUGGCAAGCAUGCUGUAUAAAUUCAAUCCUCAUGCUAAAAGUUUUCAAAUGGCAAAACAAUGGUUAAAUAAUGGGGAAACUCCAAAUUUAAAGCUUUGGCUCAUUUCCAACCGAUCCACCGAUGGCAGGGUCUAUAAUCAACCAACCGUGUCUGAAGUGGCUGCUUUGGUUGUUGGUGAUAUUGACACGGCAGAAAUGAGGGAUAUCAUAAUGCAGACAAAGGGAGGAAGACUUCAAAGAAUCAACGAGCUGCAUGCGACUUACAUGGCUUACCAGUAUCCUUUGAUAUUUCCUUAUGGUGAGGACGGUUAUAGACCUGAUGUUGCACAUAGAGACUUGCUCGUCAACGAAAACAGCAUAAGAAAUAGGCUCACAAUACGCGAAUGGCUUGCCUUCCGCAUUCAGACAAGGUUAUGUGAAGCUAAGACUUUGUUAUCUUCAAGAAGGUUGUUCCAACAAUUCCUGGUCGAUGGUUACACAAUGUUAGAAUCCGAGAAACUAGAAUGGCUACGUAAAAAUCAACCAAAGCUUCGAGUGUCAAAGUACAACUCUUUAGAGAAAGAGGGCGAUCAAAGUCAGGCGCCAGGAAUAAGCAUAGGUAAACGAGUUGUUUUGCCUUCUUCCUUUGUUGGCGGUCGUAGGUUUAUGGAUCAGUUGUACUAUGAUGGGAUGGCUAUAUGCAGUAAAGUCGGAUUUCCCGAUUUGUUUAUUACUUUUACAUGUAACCCAAAUUGGCCGGAGAUUCAAAGAUUUCUCGGACCUCUACAUUUGAAGCCUCAAGAUCGCCCGGAUGUCAUUUCAAGAGUUUUCAAAAUCAAAUUCGAUCAACUCCUUUCAGAUUUAACCAAAAAAGGCGUUCUUGGAAAAGUGCUUGCUUGUGAGUUACCUUUACCCAUUUACUUAAACAUUUGA